AUGGAUGACGAAGAAGAAAGGUUGGCGGCGGCAACAUCAGAGGCCAGCCCGGAAGCCCCUACCUUACCAGCCGCAGCUCAGGAAAAGGAGACUUCCGACACAUCCGUUGCUAUUACCGCCGAUAAGAAAGAGGCGACCACUGAAAAAGGACCACCGGCUGUCGUGGAACCAUCACCGAUGGUCAUCAACGUCACUAUGCCGCCAUCCCCUGCCUUUGACGGCCCUGAACCAGGGAUGCACAUCCUGGCGGCACUGACGAGCAAGAACCCUAAAAGCUUCGUCAGUAAUGGUGGGAAGAGAAUCCCAUUCUGCAUCGCAAACAGAAGAUUCAAGAAGAAAAGAAGACCAAAGCAGAAGGAUCUGAAGACGAUGGAGAUGUUGGGUUGGCUUCCAUACCGGCAUGCAGGCGGUUCACCACCAGGGAAGGAGGAACCGAAGGAGGUGGUGGCGACGCGCAACACGGCGCGGCAUGCCGAGGCUCUGGCCCUGCUGGCGACGACGGCGACGGCGGGCGAGCAAGGCGAGGAGCUCGGGGGAGCUUCGGAGGCUGACGGCGGGCCGCGGCGGUCGCUGGCCGCGGGCGACGAGAGCGGAGCUGGCGCAGCGGUGGCGCGCCAGGAAGGGGGAACGGCGUGGGCCGAGGCGCCGGGUGGACGGCGCAUCUCACCGAGCGUCGCAGGGCUGGACGGCGCUGACCGAGGCUGA